CCUCCUCCCCUGUCUUUCUCUUUCUCUCUCUUUCCCCGAUACGCCAUCUCGCAUCGCGCUUCCGAGCCCAUCAGGAACCCUAAAGAACAGCGUCCCUAAUCACUUGCGUUCGCCAUUUCCGAUCCAAGCUUGUUCCCCGCGAAGCAACCAUCAAUGGAUCGACCGUAGCCUCGCAAUCCGUCUUUAGAUCGAUGACUGCGGUCGCGCCAUUACUUUCGGAGGUUUUCGUUCCCAUUAGAACACCCCCGGAGCUAGAGUCAUUUGCUCGGUGUAUCUCGAAAUGAGGGAGCGACCACGAUAGUUGUGAGGAUGGCGUUGCAGCUCGGUUUCCAGGGUUUGAGGGGUGUGUCGUUCCUUGUUCCCAAGAAGUGGUUCAGGAUCACCUGUAUUUGCCAGCGGAAGAGGGCGAUUUCGCGCUCUGUGUUGUGCGGUCUGAUGCUCUUCAGUCUCGGCCUCGUCUCGCUCUUCACCGGCCAGAUUGCUGCCGACCUCGAGUGGUCGCAGAUUCGAGGACGGUGGGAAACCAAAAGGGUUGGAUACAGUUUUCCUGUCGAUAUAUGGAAAUCCGAAUUUGCAAAUCUCUAUUAUGGUUGCAGUGAGAGAAGCCCUCAUUCUAGUGCUGCAGUGCAUGAAAGUGUAUCAAAUGGCUACCUAUUAAUUGCAACUAGUGGAGGACUAAACCAACAAAGAACAGGGAUAACAGAUGCUGUUGUUGUGGCCCGGAUCUUAAAUGCCACUCUGGUUGUUCCUCAGCUUGAUCAUCAUUCUUUUUGGAAAGAUGACAGCGAAUUUGAAAAUAUUUUUGAUAUUGACUGGUUCAUUUCUUCCCUUUCAAAAGACGUCACCAUUAUUAAAAGGAUUCCAGACAAAAUAAUGAGGUCAAUGGAAAAACCUCCAUACACAAUGCGCCCUCCAAGAAAAUCUACUCCUGAAUAUUAUCUUGAUCAAGUGUUGCCAAUACUAUUGCGGAGACGUGCUGUGCAGUUGACUAAGUUUGAUUACAGGCUUACGAACAACCUUGAUGACGAACUCCAGAAGUUACGCUGCCGUGUAAAUUAUCACGCACUAAAAUUUACAGAACCUAUACAAUUACUUGGUCAGAAGUUGGUCAAGAGAAUGCGAACAAUGAGCUCACGCUAUAUUGCUGUUCAUUUGAGGUUUGAACCAGACAUGCUUGCGUUUUCUGGCUGUUACUACGGUGGUGGAGAAAAGGAACGUAAUGAACUUCGUGGAAUUAGGAAACGUUGGACCACAUUACCUGAUUUAAGCGCUGAGGAAGAGCAAAGCCGAGGAAAAUGUCCAUUGACUCCACAUGAAGUUGGUUUAAUGUUAAGGGCUCUUGGCUUUGUAAACAAGACUUAUAUUUAUGUUGCUUCUGGAGAAAUAUAUGGUGGAGAAGAGACCCUGCAGCCUCUUAAAGACCUCUUUCCAAAUUUUUAUACAAAGGAAAUGCUUGCCAGAGAAGAUUUAAAGCCCUUCCUUCCAUUCUCUUCUCAGCUUGCUGCCAUCGACUAUAUUAUUUGUGAUGAGAGUGAUGUCUUUGCCACAAAUAACAAUGGAAAUAUGGCUAAGAUUCUUGCUGGUCACAGGAGGUACAUAGGAUACAAGAGAACCAUCAGACCAAAUGCUAAGAAGCUAAGCUCUUUAUUUAAGGCGCGCAACCAGAUGGCAUGGAAGGUCUUCUCCAGGAAGGUGAAGUUGGCACAGAGAGGCUUCAUGGGGGAACCAGAUGAGAUGAGGCCAGGGCGGGGUGACUUUCAUGAAUUUCCAUCUUCCUGCAUAUGUCAAAAUCCAGAUCUGAUUGAAAUAGGAGGGACCUUAGGGAAGCCUGAGCCAACUGAAACCAUUUGACAGCGAGCAGUGUCCGAACUGACAAAUAGCAGACAGACCGAGGAAGUAAAAUUUUUUGCCGCCUAGUCCCAUUUUGAUAAAGAAGUUCACAUUUAGCAGAUUUAUUCGUCUCUCAGUGGAUAACCACCUUGGGAUGGAAUGUUCUGUCACAGUCGAGUUAACACAGAUGCAAUCAUCAAGGCUCAAGAUGCAUCGGAAUGGAUGAUACAAUCGACUGCUUUUGACAUUGGCAAUGGUGUAUUAUAUGCGGGCAACCUUCACUUCAUCAGUAUCUUCCUAUCACGCCAACGCCACAAGGAGGUUGGUUUCUGUUCUUCUGGCCGCCACUGUAAAUUUUAGGAUCAAUUUUGUGGGAUUCGAAUUGAAAAAUGCCGUCCAUUGCUAGUAGGUGAAGAAAACUACCAUAUCAUGAGAAAGACGUGUAAUCUAAAAGGUUUUGAUGUAUAAAUAUAGUCACGAUUUAUACAUUUCCUCUUUCACGUGUUUA